AUGAAUUUGGCAGUAGUUUACAAAGCUGCUGUUCUAAUUCCUCGAGAAAUAACUGUUCAGAACGAGCGAGAUGUCAUUGGCAAAAGGCAGCGAGCAUCAUCAACGUCGUCUAAUGCAGGACCAGUUUCAGCCAUUGCAGUAUCUGCUACAAGUGGGUUGGUUCGCCGAUCCUCGGUUCCAAGGCGUCUGUCGAACAUGUCUAACGGAGAAAAUUUUGAGUUCAAGAUGACAGAUAGCAUUUUAAAAGAAAUCAGCACUUUUUUUAGGAUUAAUUCGCCACCAACAACAUCUCCAUGUCCGUCAACUUCUUGGAAUAACCCAAAAGCCUUAUUGGAAAGUUUGCUUGCUUCUGAAAAGGCUAUUCAGCGACUUCGAGAUAGCAGUCACUUUGGCGAAGGCGAGAGGAAGGCAACAAUAAACGACAUAUUCUCUAGUCUACAUAGUCAACUACUUCUUGUUAUUGAAUGGGCCAAAACCUUGCCACCGUUCGCAGCUCUUACAACGGAAGACCAGACAGCGUUAUUAAAACGAUUUGCAAGUCAGCACGUUGUUUUAUGCGUAACCUAUCGCUCAAAAAAUGAUAUAAAUGUUCUCAAACUCUUGAACAACUCUUGCAUACCACGAGUGAAAAGCGGCGGCGAACAAAUAUAUCCUGAGCAUUUAUACUUACGAGAUUGUGAACGAAUGAUGGACGAGCUUGUAGCACCAAUGAGGUUUUUGAAAAUGGAUGAUAUAGAGUUUGUGGCGAUGAAAGCCUGUAUUCUUUUUAAUCCUGUUGCUCGAGGUUUGUCAAGCGAAAGUAGGAAUAAAAUUCUGGAAAGCCGACGUCAAGUUUUCGACGCUUUACAGUACUAUGUUAAUAAUAAAAUUCCAAGCGAUCCAAACAGGAUUGGAGAUCUAACGUUUUUUAUUCUGUCGCCGUUACAGACUUUAGCAAAUACUAUUUCUGAAGAUAUACUAGUGUCAAAACUUGCUGGUGUUGCACGCAUUGACCAGCUAAUGGAAGAACUGAUACUGGCUGAAGGCGAUGGUCAUGACGGUCAUGACCAGAAUACCUCAAGUAUUUACUCUCUUUCAGCAGAUCAUCAACAACAACCAGUUGAGAAACCAUCGGAGCAUUCCUCACUUCACGAUUCCGAUACUUUGGCUGACUGCAUAGAAUAG